CCCGCUUCAUGUCUGUGCAGGAGUCGGCAGCUGGCGCCAGGGCGGCCGGAGGAUGCAGAGGGGCCGGAGCCGGGCGGGCCGGAGGCCGAGACGCGCGCUGUUCCCCACCCCUAUCCCGUGAAUCGGCCAGCUUUGGGACGCGCUGUUGCUGGGCCCGCGGUCCCCGGGGCUCUCCUGGUGUCCCUUGCUCUCUACUGUUGAGUCCUCCCCUUCCCGCGCCUCUGCGAGUGGCCGCCUCGCCUUCGCCUGGAUCCCAAGCCGCAGUAGCGGACCAUGGAGGUGGCGCCCGAGCAGCCUCGCUGGAUGGCUCACCCCGCCGUAUUGAAUGCGCAGCACCCCGACUCGCACCAUCCGGGUCUGGCGCACAACUACAUGGAGCCGGCGCAACUGCUGCCUCCUGACGAGGUGGAUGUUUUCUUCAACCAUCUCGACUCGCAGGGCAACCCAUAUUACGCCAACCCGGCCCACGCGCGCGCGCGCGUUUCCUACAGCCCGGCCCACGCCCGGCUCACCGGAGGCCAGAUGUGCCGACCACACUUGUUGCACAGCCCAGGCUUGCCGUGGCUGGACGGGGGCAAAGCAGCUCUCUCUGCCGCCGCUGCCCAUCACCACAGCCCCUGGACCGUCAGCCCAUUCUCCAAGACCACGCUGCACCCCUCAGCUGCUGGAGCACCCGGAGGGCCUCUGUCUGUGUACCCAGGGGCUGCGGCUGGGAGUGGGGCAGGCAGUGGGAGCUCAGUGGCCUCCCUCACCCCCACAGCAGCCCACUCUGGCUCCCAUCUCUUUGGCUUCCCACCCACGCCACCCAAAGAAGUGUCUCCAGACCCUAGCACUACAGGAGCUGCCUCUCCAGCCUCGUCUUCUGCAGGGGGUAGUGUAGCCAGGGGUGAGGACAAGGAUGGUGUCAAGUACCAAGUGUCACUGUCUGAGAGCAUGAAGAUGGAAGGUGGCAGUCCCUUGCGCCCAGGCCUAGCUACCAUGGGCACCCAGCCCGCAACGCACCACCCAAUACCCACCUAUCCUUCCUAUGUGCCUGCCUCGGCUCACGACUAUGGCAGCGGCCUCUUCCAUCCUGGAGGCUUCCUGGGUGGACCAGCCUCCAGCUUCACCCCUAAGCAGCGAAGCAAGGCGCGUUCCUGCUCAGAAGGCCGGGAGUGUGUCAACUGUGGGGCCACAGCCACCCCUCUCUGGAGACGGGAUGGCACGGGACACUACCUGUGCAACGCCUGCGGGCUCUACCACAAGAUGAAUGGACAGAACCGGCCGCUCAUCAAGCCCAAGAGGAGGCUGUCUGCUGCCAGGAGAGCGGGCACCUGUUGUGCAAAUUGUCAGACGACAACCACCACCUUAUGGCGCCGAAACGCCAACGGGGACCCUGUAUGCAACGCCUGUGGCCUCUACUACAAGCUGCACAAUGUUAACAGGCCGUUGACCAUGAAGAAGGAAGGGAUCCAGACCCGGAACCGGAAGAUGUCCAGCAAAUCCAAGAAGAGCAAGAAAGGAGCUGAAUGCUUUGAGGAGCUAUCCAAGUGCAUGCAGGAGAAAUCGUCUCCAUUCAGUGCGGCUGCCCUGGCUGGACACAUGGCACCUGUAGGCCACCUCCCACCCUUCAGCCACUCUGGACACAUCCUACCCACACCAACGCCUAUCCACCCCUCCUCCAGUCUCUCCUUUGGCCACCCCCACCCGUCCAGCAUGGUGACUGCCAUGGGCUAGGUGCAGCUUCCCAGUGGACAGACAUGGACAUCAAGGGUGGCACUCCUGGGACGGGUGGAACAUACUCUUGGCUCCCUCCCAUGCCAAGAGACCCACUUCCUCCUGCCAGCCUCACCUGGCCGAAGCCACCUCUCCUUGGAGGACGCCCAGACUUGUGCCACCAUUACUGUGAAUAUUUCUAACUGGGCUGCAGCUUGUGUGUGCCCCGGGUGCUGCCCAGGAAAGUGUUUUCACGAAUAGUUGUUUGGAGAGCAAAAUGAAAAGAUUUAUAGCAAGAAAAGGAGACUGGAGACAGGAAAAUGAAAACAUUUUUGAAGGAGAAAGGAAUAGGCAAAAAAAAAU